AUGCCCUCAUUCUUCAACAGACCCUCCUGGGCAUCGAAGCAGACAGGCGGUGCCAACCCGGAGUUUUAUCGCCGAUCGGGCCAGACUUAUUCGGACAUCGUCGCGGCGAAUCGAGAAGCGCACGAGAAGCAUCAUGAAUCAUCUGUAGAUGACGGGCGCGGGCACAAACGGCUUCGUCUCUCAGAUGCCGCGGAAGAAGAGCGCAGUCCAGAAGACUCCGGCGCUGAUGGAGCUGACAGUGCACAGCAUGAAUCAGGAGAUCUCCCUGAACCCUCCUCACGCUCGCCAUCGCAUCCUCAGAACAAACGCCGUACCGCGUCGCCGGAAAUUAUUGACUCCGAUGGGGAGCGCGCGCCACCAGACUCGCCUGAAAGCGACCUCCGUGCAGCCGAUGCACCACAGGUGGACCGCCUGAGGGCUUUACAAUCUCACGAUGAUUCGCCUGCCCGCUCUACUACAAGUCUUGAAUCAGCGAGCGACGCGCAUGACACAAUGAAUAAAGAUGUCCAACGCCCCUUGGAUACGACAAUAACAUCGCCACAUCCUCCUCCACCAUUAAUAAAACCAGAACCAGCGGCAAAGCCCGAACCAAAUGUGCAAAUCCUGAUUUCAUCAGACAUCAUCAACACGAAGCCGCUGCUUGUUCACCGUAAGAUGUCCCAGGGGCUGCGGGAAGUGCGACUGGCCUGGUGUAAGCGCCAGAACUUCACUGAAGAUAUGCAGUCGUCCGUGUAUUUGACCUGGAAGGGCCGGAGACUCUUCGACGUAACUACCUGCAAGAGCCUGGGGCUCAAUAUGGACAGCAGCACGAUUCCUGAGAUGGACGACGAACUAUCGUCCAGUCCAGCUGAACUAAAGAUCCAUAUGAAGGCGGUUUCUGAUACUCUUCCAACGGCCUCUCCAUCCGCGUCUUCUCCCGAUGCUGGCACGGGCAAGAAGUCUCCGCCCGGCGAUGAGGCGGAUGAGCAGGCGCAACCGAUCCGGAUCGUCCUGCGAAGUCCCGGGAUGAACGACUUCCGGAUCAAAGCGAGGCUGAAGACGCCAGUAUCACGCUUGAUUUCGGCUUUCCGAGACAAACACGACAUUCCCAGCGACGCAGAUGUGGCGCUGGUCUUCGAUGGGGACAGGCUGGAUCCUGAUACCUGUCUCCAAGACUAUGAUAUUGACGACCUGGAUUUGGUAGAUGUGCAGAUAAAAACCCAGUGA